ACUUUUUAGGAUACAUUCGUAACUGUCCCGCCGCAUUGUACCCACUACCACGCCACCCAUAUGCCUUCCAAGGUUUUACUUCUCGUCUCGCUCUUUCUGACAUUUGCGUUCUCGGUUGUUGGGUGGUCGGUUGUGAUCAAUGCUCUAGUGAAGUCCAACCAAGAAAGCUCAUAUGUCAAGAGCGCGGCCCCUGGUGGCACCAUCGUGGAUCUUAACUAUCAUGAUGUGUACUCGGUUUGCUCAGUCAUCGCAGCAGCCUGCGCACUUUUGACAGCCGUGUCCCUCGUGUCGGCUUUCUCCAUAAUUUCAUCAAUUGGAAGAAAACAGCGCCUUUUGCACCUCCAAGCCUUUCUCAUGUUGUUUGGCGCCCUGUGGCUUUUGGCUACUGUUAUCGCGUGUGAUGUUAUCUUUGCCACUCGGUCAACCAAAAUCACAGCAACUUUCGAUGGAGUUGCAGUAUCCCAAAGUGUCAUUCAGCAGAUGGAGCAAACCAUCGGCGUCUCACCUGAAUACAGAAAGCAGUGGUACCUGCGACUCUGUGCGAUCCUUCCCUGGUUCGCGGUCCUUUUCGCAACACUCAGUGGACUGCUACUUCACAGAGCUGCUAGGAACACCAAUGACUACAGGAACACGGAGGCAACAGAGAAGAUUGCACGAACCUCGGAUGAGUAAUAAGAUUGAAACUCGGGAUGGUCAUUCGUAUAACACUUUGGAAUCCACUGCACAUCUUCAGUUGAAAUAUAAUUGUUGUAGUAUACCAGUUGGCGCUUUACUUUACGACGGUACGCGAAUACGACUCAUGAAUCUACUACUCACACAGAGAGAUCUGUUUCACGAAU